UUGAGAGCCCAGGAUUGAAAACAUUUAGCAAGACUUUAAAUUGUCAUAUUUUUGUAUCUCGUAUGUUGUCUUACAGCUUCGUACAUGAAGAUGAGGUGCUCUCGCUGGAUAAAAAAUAUUGCCCUUACUUGGUUACUGUGCAACGGACUCGUUGAAGCGGAAGUACCGUCUGACAUAAAAACAAGAUACUUUCACAAAAUUACAAAAGCAGGUUCACAGGAAGACCAAGGCAGCACAGAGAAGACAGAAGUACGAAAACGGGAUCUCGGUCUUGGUGUCUUUCCUCGAGGUGACUGCCUGUUUCGUCACUCAACAUCUGUGUUAGGACUGUUUGCCAGAUUGCUAUGUUCCGACGAAGGGAAAGGAGACUGUGAAGAGGUACUGAAGAGUCCAGUGGAGACUUACAAACCGAAUGGAGUAUAUGACCUUCGUCCGGACUCAAAUGCAGCCCUGUUUGCCCUUUGUGACAUGGAUGAAGGUGGUUGGACCAUAAUACAGCAAAGAGUAAACGGCAAAACGGACUUUAGUUCCGAUUGGGAAGACUACAAACUAGGCUUCGGUGAAAUGAAUGAGAAUGAAGACUUCUGGCUAGGUAACGAGAAUAUCUGGCGACUGACCAAUGCAGUGACCACACGUGAACCAUACACUCUCCGUAUAGAGCUGACGAGUGUUGGGAAAGAGAAGAGGUUCGCGGAGUACAGCUACUUCCGGAUCGAGAACGAGGCUAACAAAUACAGACUCAAUAUAAGCAACUACAGUGGCAAUGCUGGUGACGCUAUGCAUACGUACAACGGGAUGGAUUUCAGCACAAACUACGACCACGGCUUGUUCGAUAGCUGCAGCGCCUCCUAUCGCUCAGGUGGUUGGUGGUUCAACCAAUAUUGCCAUGCCAACCUGAAUGGUGUUUAUAAACCCGGAACCGGAUAUAAUGGUAUUGUCUGGGAUACAUGGCCGGAAGCAAUGGACACAAUCUCGGAGGUUCGAAUGAUGAUUCGACGAAAAGAUUAAACUUUGGACGUAAUCUUGUGUCGUUUGGUGUUUAAUUUAUCCACAAGCAGCGUUAAGUUUCGACUUGGUUUCCGGAAUAAAAAUUCCGCUAAUAAAUGAUAGGAAAGGAUGAUGCAA